CGGGCCCGGCGCGAUGGCGGGGCCGGGGCCCGGGCCGGCCCCUCCGCGCCUGGCGCUGGCCCUGGCGCUGCUGGCCGCGCUGCUGGCCGCCAAGUACUACCGGGACGCGGAGGCGGCGCGGCAGCAGGAGCUGGCUCUGAAGUCCUUGGGGAAGGAGGGGCUGUUCCUCUUCUCCUCCCUGGACACCAACAAGGACCUGUACCUGAGCCCAGAGGAGUUCAAACCCAUUGCUGAGAAGCUCACAGGGGUUGCUCCAGUGUCAGAGUCUGAAGAGGAGGAGACGCUGGAUCCAGAUGGGGAGACUUUGUCCAUCGUGGCCAAGUUCCAGCCCUUGCUCAUGGAGACAAUGACGAAGAGCAAGGAUGGUUUCUUGGGAAUUUCUCACGUGGCUCUGUCUGGGCUCAGGAACUGGACGGCCCCAGCAGCCCCCAUGAGUGUCCUGCUUGCCAGGCAGUUCAGAGCCUUCCUCCCUCCUAAGGACAAUCUGGAUCUUGGGGAUCCCUGGUGGAUAAUUCCCAGUGAGCUGAACAUCUUCACUGGGUAUCUCUCCAACAACAGGUUUUACCCUCCACCUCCCAAGGGCAAAGAGGUGCUCAUCCACAGGCUGCUGAGCAUGUUCCACCCGCGCCCCUUCGUCAGGACGCGCUUCGCCCCGCAGGGAGCCGUGGCCUGCCUCCAGGCCAGCAGCAGCUUCUACUACACCAUAGCAUUCCGGAUCCACGCUGAAUUCCAGCUGAACGAGCCACCAAACUUCCCCUUCUGGUUCUCCCCGGGGCAGUUCACAGGUUACAUCAUCCUGUCCAAGGACUCUUCCCACGUCAGGGACUUCAGGCUCUUUGUUCCUAACAACAGGUCCCUGAACGUGGACAUGGAGUGGCUCUACGGGGCAAGCGAGAGCAGCAACAUGGAGGUGGACAUUGGAUACCUGCCCCAGAUGGAGCUGGAAUCCGCAGGGCCCUCGGUGCCCUCCGUGAUCCGCGACGAGGACGGGAAGGUCCUGGCCAGCAGGGACCCCUCGGGGGAGCCCAUCCAGUUUGUGUUUGAGGAGAUCACCUGGCAGCAGCAGAUCCCCUGGCAGGAGGCAGCCCGCAGGCUGGAAGUGGCCAUGUAUCCAUUUAAGAAGGUCUCCUACCUGCCCUUCACAGAAGCCUUUGAGAGAGCACAGGCAGAGAAGAAGCUGGUGCACUCCAUCCUGCUGUGGGGUGCCCUGGAUGACCAGUCCUGCUGAGGUUCGGGGCGAACUCUCCGGGAAACCGUCCUGGAAAGUUCGCCCAUCCUCGCCCUGCUCAACGAGAGCUUCAUCAGCAGCUGGUCCCUGGUCAAGGAGCUGGAGGAGCUGCAGAGCAACAGAGAGAAUGAGCUCCACAGCAAACUGGCCAAGCUGCACCUGGAGAAAUACAACUUCCCUGUGGAGAUGAUCAUCUGCCUCCCCAACGGCACGGUGAUUCACCACAUCAAUGCCAACUAUUUCCUGGACAUCACUUCUAUGCAGCCUGAAGAUGUUGAAAGCAGCAUCUUUAGUUUCUCAACCAAUUUUGAAGACCCUUCAACUGCAACUUACCUCCAGUUCCUGAAGGAAGGGCUGCACAGAGCAAAACCAUACCUGCAGCCCUAAAACCAGGCACUGAAUGCCCCCCUGGGAUGGCCAAAGACUUCAGAGAUCUAUUUUGGUUACAGCAAAUCCUCCUGAUCCCCGUGGCAGACGUUGGUGUUGAACUGCAGGCAGUCCCAGCUCUGGUCUUGCUGUGAGCCUGAGUUCCAGUUUCCACAGCCUGCCCCUCUCACUUCAGGCACAUUUCUGCAGGAGUGCAAACACUUGAACACACUCCCAGUGCCCCUGCCGGGGUGUGCACCCACCCUCAUUCCUUUGCAGCUCCUGGUGGAACUGCUGCAAGCCCAGAACUGACCUGCAGGACUUGCUGGGUGCAGGGCCAGCACUGCCAUCGUGACCAAACACUCGUGCUGAGGACAGAGCCAGCAGCCCUGGGCAGUCCCUGUCCCCUCGGGGCCAGCCUGGUGUCCUGGGCAGCUCUGGAUGUGACUGUGACAAUCUGUGUGACAGGGCUGUGGCAGCCCUGAGCUCCUGUGUCACCUGGUGGCCUCGCCCAGGCGGGCUCUGUGCCCUGAGGGUGGCACAGGGACACCAGGAGUGGGCACCAGGGCAUCAGGGGGGUCAGCUGAGGAUCAGUCUGAGCUCCCCAGUGACCCAGGCUGAAGGACACAGCAGUGAGCAGUGUCCCACCCACCCAUCCAUCCAUCCCUGUGUCCCCUUGGAGCUGCUGCUCUGUCCCUGUGUGCUUUGAGCUUCCAGGCUGUGCUGGGGGAGGAACCAUGAAGUUCCCUCUGGGAGCUGCCCAAGAUCCUCACCUGGCUGAGGACUGGGCAGUUCUAAAAGCCAGCAGAACAGAAAGGUAUUUUCAGGAAUUUUUUCCAAAGAGAUUGUUCAGACAUGAAGCCAUUAUCCCUUAGCCGAAGCCGCCCUGAGCAGUUGCUCCUGCUCUGUGCCAAUGCCUGCAUACAGAAUGAGCAGCAUUUUGUAAUUUGGAGAAGGAAAGGUUAAGUGGAAUGGGAUUUAAGGCAUAUUCCUACAGACAUGUGAGGGGACAAAGCAUUCUCAGUAGCUGCCUGCAGCCAGCCCUGGCUGCUGAUGCUUUUUCUGCUCUCUGAAGCACAAUUUUGUUGGACCAAAUCAAGUUAAGGGAAAAGCCUUUUUUUUUUUUUUAAUUUUUUUCCUGACGAGGUAUUUUCAGUCCUGGGAGGAGCCUGGUGGUGGCAAUUCCCCUGUCCCCACCCUGCCCCAGCCCUCCCGGCCAUACCUGAGCCUGGAGCCUGAGCUUAGCUGCACCUCCGGGCUGAACCAGUGCCACUUCACUAAUUGCUCUGGUGAGGUUAAUUAAUGACCCCGGGAUGGUUGGCUUUGUAACUAUGCAUUAGCUCUGCACUUUCUCCCACCCCGCUGGGACAGGCUGGGGUCAGGGCAGCCCUGCAGAGUUCUGUCAGCCCUUGGGGCACUUCCAUCCCGGCAGGGCUCAGCCUUUGGGAUCCCACGGCGUUUAUUUCAUUCUUUCUUCAGCUCCCCCAGCCACCUGCGAGCCCUCUCGGGAUGAGAGGGGGAGCCCAAAGCCACCCCCGAGCCGGAGCAGCCUGGGGGAUCCCGAGGGGUCACAGCCCGUGUCCCUUUUCCCGUGCCAGGCUGCGGGGCUCCAUCAGUGCGUGCCAAGCUCCAUCAGUCCGUGCCAAGUUCCCCCCGUUCCCUCGGUGCGUUCCCCCGUUCCCUCUCUGUGUUGUCCCCGUUCCCUCGGUGCGUUCCCCCCUUCCCUCGGUUCGUUCUCCCCGUUCCCUCGGUUCGUUCUCUCUGUAUCGGCUCCGCCGCCGCCCCUCCCGUGCCUGGUGACGCCCCGGCCCGAAACCCGCGGCGGGCCCGGGCCGAUGUCGGCCGGGAGGGGCGGCGGAGCGGCCCCGGUAAAACCAUCCGUGUAUCCUCAGCUGGGCUCGGCUCUGCU